AAUGUGGAAGGCUACUAGUGGAGAACAGGAAGUGAUGGAUUACACAUCCAAUGAAAUUAUUGGUUAUAAGACGACUCUUGUCUAUUUUGAGAACAAAACAAAGGAGUCUAAAACCAACUGGAUAAUGCACGAGUAUCGUGCAACAACCCAAGAAACCAAGCAGCCGUAUGAGUGGGUGAUUUGUAGAAUAUUUGAGAGGGCUCAGUCUACGAAGAAGAAGAAUAAUAAAGUUGUUAAAAGUGAUCAAGUUCUUCAGUAUGGAAUACCCUUACAAGGACGACAAGAGAGCAACGAGCUGCAAGAAGAAGGUUAUCAGAGUGAAGAUUCAUCAUGGUCACACUAUGCGAACCUCUUGUCAUUGCAUGUUGAAGAAGAUUUUUCUGAAGUGGUUAACCAUCAUAAUUUCAGCAGUACUUCUAUGGAGGAAGAAGAUCAAAAUCAUGGGAAAGAGACCCAGCAGAUAAUACAAGACUUUAAUCGUGCCUUCAGUGUUUAUAUGGAUCGUGGUCUUGAUGGUUUCUUGGAACAUCAAUUUCUUUAG